CGCCCCCAGCGCGCCAGUCCCGGGGCUGAAGGGAGCGCAGCGCGCGCCGCCGGGGGCCCCGGCCACCGGACGCCCUACCGGACACGACCCUCCCUGGAGCUUGGACAACUGCCCACCUCGACAUUGCACCGGACACUGCCCCCCACAGGGCUGGACACUACAACGGACACUACUUCCCUGCUCCGGACAUUGCUCCCUGUUCCCCCCAGGCCCUGGACUCCUUCCCCCCUCCCCUACAGGGGCCCAGACAUUGAGCCCAUUGCAGGCUCUAGCUAGCGUCCCCUUGCACCCUAGCCCUGGACAUUGCUUCCUCCCUGACCCCCUCUCCCCACUCCAACCGCCUCAUCUUUCUCCCGUUUGGGUCGGAGCCCCGCCAGUUUCUCCGAUCCCCUGCUGCUUGGCCUCGGCUGCCCGGGCCCCCAUCCCCCGUCUGCUCGCCCGGAUGCCUCUCCCGGGGGGGUUGUGGGGGCUCCUCUGCUGCCGUCGAGGCUUCACUCUUCUGCACCGGGACUAUGGUGACGGCGAGCUUAGCGGGGACGGGGACGAGGACGAAGACGAGGAGACCUUUGAGCUACGGACCCCGAGUCCAGCGGGCGGCGGGAGGAGUCCCCUGGACGUGACGUUGACACCUGCGAGGAGCGGGGCAGUCUCCGACAGGCUCCAGAGCUGGGAGGAGACUUGGAGCCUCAUUCCAGAAAAGAGUCUGGCGGAGGAGGACCCUGACGUCGUUGUGAAAGGUUGGCUGUACCGCGAGCCCCGCGGAGGAGGGGCACGGCCAUGGCUGCCCCCGCGCAGAGCCUGGUUUGUGCUCACUCGUGAUUCUCUGGACCACUUCAGCAGCAGCGGGAAGGGCGCUCGGCGCCUCGGGAGUCUCGUGCUCACCAGCCUGUGCUCAGUGACUGGCCCAGAGCGCAAGCCCAAGGAGACCGGUCUGUGGUCAGUGACUGUGUCUGGCCGGAAACACAGCGUCCGCCUCUGCUCCCCACGCCAGGCGGAGGCUGAGCGCUGGGGGGUGGCCUUGCGAGAAGUGAUCUCUUCUAAGGCCCCACUAGAGACCCCCACCCAGCUAUUGCUCAGGGACAUACAGGAGAGUUGCGGGGAUCCAGAGGCAGUGGCCCUCAUCUACCGUCGGAACCCGAUUCUGAGGCACACCAGUGGAGCCUUGUAUGCCCCACUUCUGCCCCUGCCCUAUGGAGUCAGUGCCCCUGGUCCAGGCUACGCACCCUUGCGAGAGGAGGCGGUGCGGCUGUUCCUUGCGCUCCAGGCAUUGGAGGGGGCACGCCGCCCUGGGCCCCUGAUGCAGGGUGUGCUCCAAACCUGCCGGGACCUGCCUGCACUCCGGGAUGAACUCUUCCUGCAGCUGGCUAAGCAGACCUCAGGCCCUGCAGGUCCUCCUGGGCUCCCUGCUACCCAAGACCCUGCAACCCUGCGGUACUGGCAGCUCCUCACCUGUAUGAGCUGCACCUUCCGGCCUGGGGGAGCUGUACGGGGUCACCUCCUGGGGCAUUUGGAGAGGACGGAGCAGGCACUCCCGGACUCGGAACUAGCGGAAUAUGCGCGCUUCAUCCGGAAAGCGCUGGGCCGGACGCGAGGCCGAGAGCUGGUGCCAUCACUGGCAGAGAUUUCCGCACUAAGCCAACGACAGGAACUGUUGUGCACCGUGCACUGCCCCGGAGCUGGUGCCUGCCCUGUGGCCAUUGACUCCCACACGACAGCGGGGGAGGUGGCUCGAGAGCUGGUGGGACGUCUGGGUUUGGCCCGGAGCCGCAACGUAUUUGCGUUGUAUGAACAGCGCGGUGCCCAGGAACGAGCCCUGGCUGGGGGGACUCUCGUGGCAGAUGUGCUCACCAGGUUUGAGAAUUUAGCCGCAGAGGAAGCCGGACUGGAAGACUCACCCGACUCCGGGUGGAGACUGUGUCUGCGUCUUCACGGACCUCUGCACCCUGAGGGACUGUCCCCCGAUAGUCAUGAACUGCCUUUCCUUUUUGAGCAGGCUCAUGCUCUGCUGCUGCGCGGCCGGCCACCGCCGCCCGACGACACGCUGCGCGCCCUGGCGGCGCUGCGCCUGCAGAGCCUGCACCGGGACUUCUCCCCGCGGGUGCCCCUGCCGCGCCUAGACCGCCUGCUGCCGCCCCCCACCCCGCCGCACGAAGUUCCGCCCCGCCCAACUCCCAGGCCGCCGCCCUCAGCCGCCCUGCUGGCCGGGGCACUCUGGAGCCCCAGCCUGGCCAAGAGGCGGGCGGAGCGGGCUCGGCGCGGAGGGGCCUGCCGUACAGCGGGAAGCGCAGCCCGGGAGGGAGGAGGCGGCGCCCGCACCGCUGCUGCUGUGCUGGGCGGCUGGAAGCGGUUACGGGGCAUGGGCCGAGCUGAGGCCAUGGCUGCCUACCUGGCUCUGGCGGCGCAGUGUCCGGGGUUCGGCGCUGCUCGGUAUGACGUUCUGGAGCUGAGCACGGAACCUGGCGGAGGUGCUCCACAGAAGCUAUGCCUGGGUCUGGGAGCCAAAGCCAUGUCCCUCUCCCGCCCUGGUGAGACAGAACCCAUCCACAGUGUCAGCUAUGGUCAUGUGGCCGCCUGCCAGCUAAUGGGCCCCCAAACCCUAGCAUUGAGGGUGGGCGAGAGUCAGCUUCUCCUGCAGAGUCCCCAGGUGGAAGAGAUCAUGCAGCUGGUGAAUGCCUACUUGGCCAACCCCUCCCCCGAGAGGCCCUGCGGCAGCUCUGCUCCUCCAUGCCAAGACCUGUCAGACACCUCCCCUCCCAGCCAGCACCAAGGCCUGGAUGAGCCCCAGGGACAGUCUGGCUGCUUGGGGCAGCUGCAGGACUGAGCUUGCCAAGAGGUCAUGACUCCCCUCUUCCCUCCAGCCUGGGCCAGGACUACUCUGAGAUUUGAGGAGACUAUGGACCCUUUUGGCCCUGCAGGGACAGGGCACAGACCCCAUACCCAAGGUCUGCAAUGGGUGUGGACAAUUUUCUAGUUUGUUUCUUAAUUUAUUUGUAGAAGAGAAGCAAAAAAAAAAAAAAUUCUUUAUUUGCACAAACCCUUCCUGUGGGAGUGUUUUCAGUGGGACAAGUUGGAGCACCAUAGCUCAGAGCUCCACCCCUGGGGACACCCACACUCCAGGAUUUACCAGACACUGAAAGGAGUCUGGACACCACAGAGCUCCACCCUCCUUGACCUUCUGGAUUUAACCUCCUCUUAGCCAGUUUACUGCCAUAUGGUGAUGGGCGGGGCAGGCAAGAAGACAGAACUGGAAGCUGGCAAUUACUCACCCUCUCUUCUCCAUUGAGUGGCAUAGGGGUGGCCCCAUGGUAUCCCUGAGGCUGGAGGGCAGUGAGUCAUUAAGACUGGUUCUGCCCAUAUCCUACCCUGAUGUCCAGCUUCUGAUCCUGUUUGGGUUCAUCUUUGUUCUGCCUACUGUUUUGGAUUUGAAAUGGAGAGAAGCUUGGGGCAGGAUGUAGACCCAAACACUUCUCUAGUACAGAAAAAGAACUCAGGAUGAGUAUAGCCUACUCCUAAGUUCUGUCCUGCUGAUCAGGUUGGGUUGAACUGGGUUGAGUUCCUGAGACUCUGAUGGCCCUGGGCAUCCAGAGUUCCAGCUUUUCUGACCUGCUCAGAAUGCAGUAGGCCCUACUUUCAUAGAUCCCACAUCCUCUUUGCUGAAUGGAGGAGGCUGGAGCAACACUGACCCACUAUGAAGCAGGAGCUUAAGCACUAAGGAGACAGCAACCUCAUUAACCCUCUGUACUCUUGAGAGCUGGGCUGACUUCAGCCUGAUUCAUGGCCAGUUUCAAUGGAAAUAGACACACUAAGACCUGGACUAGAUGGGAAGAAGUUAGAGGAAAUGAAGCCGACCCUACCAUCACUCACUUGGAAACUGAAGAUUCAUCAUCAUCCCCCAUAGUCACAGAUCAAACCCUGACUAUAUUCACUGCCAAGCUUUAUUACUUUAUUUGAACUGAACGAGCAUAUCAAGGGUCAGGAAUGGAAGGGAGGAAAUUGGGCCAGUUCCUGGGGAGUCCAGCAGGGUAAAGUUGGAUCAUAGGGACCAGUCAUGGUGACAGCUGGGCUUCCUAUACAAGGGGAAGAGCAGAGAGGAAAAUCACUGCUCUUGGGUGCCCCAGGAUAUAUAGUCUGGUCGUGUCGCUGCAUGGUACUCAUCAAUGAGCUCCUGAACAACCUCCCUGGACCUGUCCAUCUCAUCAAAAUUGUCCUUGAAGAUGUCCUCUUUGCGGAACUGCUCCAGGAAGGCCCCCCGCUUCCACAGCUUGUCAUACUGCUGGCAGGAACUUUCAAAGAGCUGAAAAAGAAGGAAAUCAUCAGAAUGGGAGCUAGUAGAGGACAGGGGAUUAGGAAUGGACUGGGGAAGUUGGGUGCCGUGUCACACGCCUAUAAUCCCAGCUACUUGGGAGGUUGUACAUAGGAGGAUCACAGAUUCAAGGCCAGCCUGGGCCUUGAACUUGGUGAGACCCUAUCUCAAAAAUAAAAGACUGGGGGCAUAGGUUAGUUCAAACCCAUGUACUGCCAAAAGAAAAAAAAAAAGGAAUGGACUGGGAGAAUUUGAUGAAGGUAGAUAGUAAACAGAGUAGUAACAGCAAGACUGGACUCACUGAGGAGAUACUGGUGUGGUUGGCCAUCAUAAGCCCGCUGACCCGGUGAGCUGAGGGCAGGUAGGGGGACUUCCUCGACAGGGCCACCUGGAUGCUGGCUGGGCCCCAGGGGAUGAAGUUGGCCAACUUCCGUUCACGGAUCCUCUGCAGGCUCUUGUGCACCUGGGGCGGGCACAGGAGCACUGGUGGGGGCCAUUCCUCUACUCUGUAGGUCAGGGGAUAGGGUAAAGGGGCCUCACCUACCUGGGUAGGGUCCACCUCUCCCUGGAUGAUGUUGAGGAUGGCGAUGUAGCAGUGGUUGGUCUGGCGGUCCCGGCCUGUGGACACCAUCACAUUCUUAGGCUGCAGCAGCCGCCUCAUGACAUCCAGGACUGUGGUCUUCCUCACGCUGGCCACCUGAGGGCAAGGUGGGUCACAGGGACCAGGCUGGCACUCAAGGCACAGUCCAGUCCAGAAGAGGAGCCAACACAUGUCCCCAUCAGACUUGGGGUGCUGUGGUAUCUCUGGGGCAUGUCUAUAGGUUCAGGUCUACCCUGAGUCUCUGAGGCAGGAGGAGGAUUAGCCCUCCUCUGCUAAGCAGAUUCAUGCUCCAGCGCAGGAGCAGAAGCAACCCCAUCCCACCCAGUUGCUGCGGGAGCCAAAGGCUGAAGGAAGGUGGAGACAAGUCAGCAGGCAAGUGGCAUGCUUCCUGCCAGUCCCUGAGCAAAAGCCUUGCGGGGCAGCAAAGGACAGCUCUUGGGACAGAGGGGAGAACAGAGAGGCAAGGUCAGUGUCUCUGGGUCCAGGCCAGCCCUGGCCGGGACACUGAGGGCUGCUCUUACUGACUGGUCUGUGGUGAGGGGGGUGUAACCGGUCAUGAGGAAGUGGAGCCGGGGUGUGGGAAUGAGCGAGGCGAUGAGGCCGAUGAGGUCAUUGUUCAUGUAGCCGGGGUAGCGCAGGGUGGUGGUGCUGGCCGACAUGAUGGUGGACACCUGGAAACGGGUGUGUGUAUCAUGGGUCUUGGCCCAUAUGGGACCUCCCUUCCCAGAUGGCCUUCCAACAAGUAGUGUUUCUGAAGGGGGCUCACCAGCUGGUUGAUCUGGGAGAAGGAUGGGUUCUGGAUGUGAAGGCGGUCUGUGGCAAUCCGAUUAAGGGCUGUAUUGUCCAGCACCACCUGGAAGGUAGAAGGGUAUCAUGGCACCUUUUGAGGAGCAGAGGGGAUAUAGAAAUAAAACUCAAUCUCUACUAAACUCCAAAACCAGAAAGUACCUUUUCUAAUUUAAAAGGAAAAUAGUGUUUGUGGCAUCACGAUAUACUUUUGAACCAUACAGUACAGUUAAUAAAUAUGUGAAUACACCCAUGUGCCACUCACAGUGCCUGGCUCUAGAGAGACC